AGAGCAGGACAAGAGAUACGGACAGGAGCGGCCCCUCGAUGCGCUGGAGCUCAGACACACACUCACAUGCACACACACACCCACACACACUCCCACACACUGCCCGAACUCUAAUCUCCAUUUCGGGAAGUUUUACACCUCGGAGCCGCAGUCUGCUUUUUCCUGCACAAACCACGGGCACUACGGGCCUGCGCUCCGUUUUUAAAGUGGACCUAACACCGCCUUACUUUCUGGACAUGGGAGACAUGGGGGACCCACCAAAAAAAAAACGCCUCGUGUCUUUGUGCGUGGGCUGCGGGAAUCAGAUCCACGACCAGUACAUCCUGCGCGUGGCGCCCGACCUCGAGUGGCACGCGGCGUGUCUCAAAUGCGCCGAGUGUAACCAGUAUCUGGACGAGUCGUGCACUUGCUUUGUCCGGGACGGCAAGACGUACUGUAAACGCGACUACAUCAGACUCUACGGAAUCAAAUGCGCAAAGUGUAACAUCGGUUUCAGCAAGAACGACUUUGUGAUGCGCGCUCGCGCUAAGGUCUAUCACGUGGAGUGUUUCCGGUGCGUGGCGUGCAGUAGGCAGCUGAUCCCAGGUGAUGAGUUCGCGCUCCGGGAGGACGGUCUGUUCUGCCGAGCCGAUCACGACGUGGUGGAGAGAGCCAGUAUGGCGCCUGGGGAGCCGCUCAGCCCCCUGCACCCAGCUCGGCCCUUACAGAUGGCAGCAGAGCCAAUCUCAGCGCGGCAGCCCGCGUUGCGUCCGCACGUGCACAAGCAGCCUGAGAAGACGACGCGCGUGCGCACGGUGCUUAACGAGAAGCAGCUGCACACUCUGCGCACGUGCUACAACGCGAACCCGCGGCCCGACGCGCUCAUGAAGGAGCAGCUCGUGGAGAUGACGGGCCUGAGCCCGCGGGUCAUCCGCGUCUGGUUUCAGAACAAACGCUGCAAGGACAAGAAGCGCAGCCUGCUGAUGAAGCAACUCCAGCAGCAGCAACCCAACGACAAGACGAACAUCCAAGGAAUGACGGGAACUCCAAUGGUGGCCACCAGUCCAGAAAGACACGACGGUGGAUUACAGGCGAACCCGGUGGAGGUGCAGACUUAUCAGCCACCAUGGAAGGUCCUGAGCGAUUUUGCACUGCAGAGUGACAUCGACCAACCGGCUUUUCAGCAACUGGUGAAUUUUUCUGAAGGAGGACCAGGGUCGAAUUCAACAGGGAGUGAAGUGGCAUCCAUGUCCUCGCAACUGCCAGACACACCGAACAGCAUGGUGGCCAGUCCCAUCGAGGCCUAGACGAGUCGGAUUAAUCUUCCUUUCCACAAUCGGAGGAGGAGGAAAAGAAAAAAAAAAGCGGGUGGUUGAGUCUCUGUUUCACCGAGGCUACACUCCCGAGUAACACCGACACACCUCCAAUUCCGCGGGGCUUCUCCACCCAGACCAGCCCUGGCAUGGUCGCGUUUAUACACUGUGAUGACAAUCGUGGGAACAAAAGGCGCUCUAGUGAAAAGACACUUCACGACAAGACGAGCAUUACCGGAAGUCGCUAACAUCCGGCGGAAGUAGACCUGCACCGGGUCAGUCAAAAUGUCCUUUCCUCCGACUUUUAGACCUACACUACACAGGAACUGGUGGAACUGGUCGGCUAGAUUUUUUUUGUUUGUUUUUUUGCCAAACAACCCGAGACGAUUUUGCGCUUGUCUUUUUUUUUCCUUUCUUUUGACAAAUCAGCGAACCUCAUAGGUCUCAUUUUCCUAAGAGGACUCUGAAUCUGUACAACGCAGCAUGAGCGGCCCAAACAAACUGCUGACUCGGCACUCGGGCUCUCUAAAACAGCUCGAAGUGAGAUUUAUUCACUGCGUACUGACAGUGUGAGGACGGCCUGGCAGCCGAGUCGAACCGCUUUCAUUAUUAUUAUUAUUAUUAUUAUUAUUAUUAUUAUUAUUAUUAUUAUUAUACCUACAGCUGGUUUUGUUAUAUGGUCUCUUUUUAGGCCUUAGUGGGCCCCUAAAUCAUUGCAACAAGGUAUACCUCUAUUCGACCACAAGCUGCGUGGGAAAUUUACGUGUAUGUGUCCGUCCGAGAUUAUUAUUAUUAUUAUUAUUAUUAUUAUUAUUAUUAUUAUUAUUAUUUCCCAAAGAUGUGUAUAGUUUUAAGUUAAUAUG